AAAAUAUGGUUCUUACUUUUCAAAAACCUAUUCCCUUGGGAAAAUUUUCUUUCAACGUCUCAUUUCACAAAUUUCACGUGACUAAACCCAAUCGGGCUGGAUGUAACAAGAUUUACGAAAUCAGAAGAUCAAAAAGUUUCUUUUUUGAGUUAGCUGAUCUUUCAGCAAACACCAAUGAUAUUCAUCUUAAAAUACACACAAAUGAUUAUCACAUGAAAUCAACCCCUAUUAGCUACUCUUCCACCUGUAGCUUUCCUAAUCUGAAGUUUCAGAUUAGUAAGAUGUUACAACAUUUUUUUUCUCAUCAAAAAGUUAUCCCACGCUCCAUCCAAAAGAAAUAUUUUAAUCUUAUUCGUUCUAAAUUACUCGAUAGAUGUUUUCUUGUCAAAUCACGUGCUGAUAAAGUCACACAAAGAAAUUCACAGACAAAAACUUUCUUUAACUUUUCAUAUAAACGUUACCGUUUUCACUUUGGUAUUUUCACACCGUGUAAUUUUCUCACCACUUACAACUUUGGUACUGAUCACACACAGAUGUGCCGUGUCCCUUCACCCUAUAUUAUGUCUCAUAAUAGACGCGCUUGCAUAUCUCACCAAAAAAAUUUAAACAUAUUUCAUUAUACAAAGAAACC